UCCGCACCGCUCCACUCUGCACCGUACCGUUCCUUGCCGUUUUGCUCCGCUCCGCAGAGCGCAGUAGCGCACAGUGUGCACUGUGCGUUGUUCUGUGCGCGACGCGGUAAGCGGUUGUACGCAGCGUGCUCGCUCAGCUGUUGUCUCGGCUGAAGUGAAGUGACAGUGCCGCAUCGGUGUAGUGCACGAUGUGGAAAUCAAUCUCGUGAAGGCGGCGGCGACGGUCGAGGUGGCCCGCGGUGAGUGGCAGCGCGUUGUAACUGCUGCUGCUGCAAAUCCGUGAGUCGGGAAAGAUGAACGGGAGUCUGGGGAUAACGCGCGGUCCGGAGCAACAUCCACAGCGGUUCGCGGAUUACUUUGUUAUAUGCGGCCUCGACAAGGACUCGGGUCUUGAACCGGACAAGUACUUCGGUGACUCAUUGCAGUGCACACCCUUGGAUCGAGCAUAUAAAAGCAAAGUAUUAGGACAUUAUCCAGACUCGGUACCAUGGAAUCCCUUCGACGAACAUGCUGUCUGCAUGCUUUGUCUGCCAAGCGGUUUGCGAUUUCGUACACAAAAGCACUCGGUGGAGCCGACCUUCCACUCUUUCGUUCUCACGAAAGAAGAUGGUCACAGAACAUACGGAUUCAGCCUCGUUUUCUACGAGGAGUGUCGCAAUCGCAAAAUAUGCUCCGCUAUGCAAACGCUACAGGCGAUGCACAUCACGGAGCUCAGCAGCGGUCAAAACGGCACGCCCCCCACUGCGAGGAAGGGUCAAGAUGGACAUAACACGAGAUCGCUGCCUCGUCAUUUUAAAUUGUCGGCUCAUUCACCUGGUGCUGCGUUAGGAUAUUAUGAUUCUACCAAAGACAAGUUGCUAGUGACUAAAUCAAUAUCCUUGCUAUGCCAACAACCUUACCUCCAUGCGACAAAGACGUUCCUCACUAAUCUCUAUAAAUGUGUUCCUAGACAUCCUGGACCUGGUCUUAGCUUAGAAUCUUAUGUGUAUAAUCUUCUAUAUAAUGUACCAGUACCGUUACCUGGCAAAUCGUUGAAGUUUUUUGUACCUAACGAUGAACCGGCAAAAUCGCCAUUAGAAUUGGUUAUCCAUCAACCGUCUCCAUCGCUGGAGUUACCGAUGUUGGACUAUCCUCUCAAGGAUGUGUUCACGUGGUUGGGUGCAGAUUGCCUAAUCCAAUUGUUCACAUGCGUGCUGUUGGAGAAUCAAGUUUUGUUGAGAAGCGCUGAUUUUCACAAGCUGAUGGUGGUGUCUGAAUGCAUAACGGCGCUCUUGUUUCCUUUCUCGUGGCAACAUGUUUACGUACCAAUAUUACCCGCCAGUCUGCAUCAUUUCUUAGAUGCACCUGUGCCCUUCAUAAUGGGUUUACAUGCGCACAAUGAGGGUGGUGUAUUGAAAAUCGCUAGCGAAGCAAAUCUUUGUUAUGUAGAUAUAGAUAAGCAAAGUAGCCAAUUUCCGGAAGAAUUACCCGUGUUUCCUCAUAAAAUGCAAUUUAUUAAUGAGAUCAGAGCGCUUCUAAACAAGUACAAAAUACCACAUUCAGGAAAGACUGAUAAUAUGAUUAUUAACUAUUAUAAUGGUGACAUCAUGACCAGUAGCCUGACACUUCCCGGUUCUGGUUUUCAUCUUCCUCGCAGAAAACAUUCUUUGCACGAUGUGUUAGAUUGGGAUCGGCCGGAACCAGGACCACAAUCAGACAAUCUGCAAAGAACAGUGGAUAUUAUUAAGAGAGUAAACAUGGAUGACAUUGAUCCUAUAGAGGAUACUACGGAAAAAAUACUCACGCCUCAAGAAGAAUAUCAAGAGACUCUUAUCUUUAAUAAUACUAUUAGGGAGAUUUUUUUGAACCGUUUUGUACAAAUGUUUUCUAGUUAUGAACAUUUUGUUAUUCAACCAAGUCAGGACAAGGAUGAAUGGAUAAAUAACAGAGAUAGUAUGCAUGUUUUUGACAAGGCCACGUUUUUAUCUGAUCAACCGACACAGCAUCUGCCAUUUUUGUCGAGAUUCCUGGAAACACAGAUGUUCGCUUCUCUUGUCGACAGCAAAGUCAUGUCGACGUGGAGUGAACUUGACUGUAACAUUAAAGUUUUCGACCAAAGGAUUUCCGCUUUAAAAAAAAAAGUCGGAGAAAGUAUUAUACGAUCAAUGCGAUACGAGUCUUGUACGAGCAUCGCAGAUACGCAACAAAUACUCGAACAGAGAUUAAUUAAUAUAGAUUUUGAAACAAAUCCGCCUGCGGAGAUUCUUCCUCAUAGAGCUGCAUAUUUUCGGAGUUUUCCGUUGCUGGAUAAUGUCGCGUUGAAUAAGGAACCUGCUCAAAGUAUACUUCGUAGUAGAAGAGGGCAGACACAGUGGAAAUAUAAGAUGAAAUCUAUGGAUACGAACGGAAAGCCGGCAAUACCCCAAGAAUCUCAGUCACCUCGACCUCAAACUAAACUCUCGGCAGACAUGAGUCCCGCUUUAAUAGCGCAAGCUAAUUGGACAUUCGUAGAAAAAUUGCUCAAGAAUUUGGAACGAGUAUGGAGCCAUGGAUUGCAAAAUAAACAGGGCAAAAGCGCUCUUUGGUCGCACUUGACUAUGUAUCAGGAAUCAGAAGAAUGUAAUGACGCGACUAAGUCUAUAGACUCCAAUUUUCUUUCUCCUGCUAAGAAAUCUCCGAAUAAGUUUUUCGGAAUACCGGAUCGUUUGGUUUCAUCUUUGAGAGGCAAAAGUAUUAUUGAAAUUGCUUCUUACAUCAAGGACAAUUUUAAUGAUUUGUCAAAUUUGCAAUUGGAGACGGACGUUUCACCCACAAGAGGCACGGAUAAGCACAAAUCUUCUAGUGAGAGGAAAACCAUUGGUCCUGAACACUUGAGACCUCUCCCGGAUUCUUUAAUCUUCGAUAUCCGCAACGUUCAAGCGAUGACUGAUAUUAAAACACACAUUGGAUAUGCUAGAGCAUGGGUGCGGCUAGCACUUGAAAAGAAAUUGUUGUCGCGUCAUUUGAAGAUAUUAUUGUCGGAUAAUGCUUUAUUAAGGACCCAGUACAAACGAUCAGCAUUUUUACGCUGUGAAGAAGAGAAAGAGCAAUUCUUGUAUCAUCUUCUAACAUUGAACGCCGUCGAUUACUUUUGUUUCACGAAUAACUAUCCAACGACGAAGUUACCGUACCGAGUUGUGAUAUUUCCCAGUCGAAAAGCAAGUGCUGCUACUACCUCGGCUAAUAGUUGGAUUGCUAUUUCUGGCACACUCUGCGAAACUAAUCCCGUACCCAUACCAAAGGGAGCACUUGAAUUUGUAUUUCAUCAUAAAAAUUUAGGCGUAUUGUCUACGUUACGGAUUGGACAUGACAAUACCGGGUUGUCGCCAAAAUGGAUGGUGGAGCAUGUUGUAGUGAGAAACGAAGUAACUGGACACACAUUUAAGUUUCCCUGUGGUCGUUGGCUUGGCAGAGGAAUAGAUGACGGAUCUACUGAGCGUUUAUUAGUGGGUGCUUUAGUACCUCGAAGCAUUGAUAGCGAGGAGUUGGUAGAGUCAUGUUCCACGCCUCCAAGAUGUAGAUCUCCAAGUAUACCUAGGCGUCCUAUAUUUUCGCAAGUUGAACUGCAACAUAUGCUAGGCGAAGCUGUAAAUGCCAUAGUCAAAUAUCACUACAGAAGAGAAUGUCAAGAUGGUUCCUUGACAGCACUAUUAUGUGGAGAAGGAGGUCUCGUACCAUCCUUAGAACAAAUAUUUUUAUUUGGCUUUAAAAAUCAGAGGAUAUUUGGGAGGAACUUUUACGUAUGGGACUAUCUCUUACGCAUAAAAGAAAAUUUUGAGAUUUCCCUGUUGGAAGAAAUGGACGAAUAUUCUCAAAGACUCAACCGCGAUAGAAGAGUAUACUCAGAAAGCAGUCAAAGAUUUACGAUCUUGAGAUGUUAUUGUCAUCUGAUCGACAAAGAUGGAAAAUUUCAAUUAUUUAUUUGUUUAGCGGCGAGAGAACAACUUCUUCAUCCAAUGUUGCGGCCGAUGAGCGAUGCGCGUUCUACGAUGGAUAUGUAUGAGGAGAAUUCGUUUUUGAGAAAUCCCACAUUACUGACCUUUCUUAUUCAUAUUCUUGAGCCGUUGAGCGAGUUCCACAUUGUCCUCGAAAAGAGCUUGACCCAUGGAAUUUCGAGUAUAUGUUAAUAUUUGUCAAAAUGUAUCGAUGUACAUUAAUUUGUUGCAAUUUCUUUUUUGAU